UUACCAACCCAACCGAAUGCAUUUGCAGAUCAUCGAUCUCGAUCGAUCGAACUGAAUGGAAAUGGAAAUGGAGGAGAAUGGCAGUGAAAACAAGUCAGGAGGAAUGUGGGAAAAUUUCCUCCGUAACCACCAGAACUCUUUGAAAUCCCUUUUCCUCCGCAACUCCUCCUCCUCCAAGAACAAAACCGAUACCACCGCCGAUGACUCCGCCGUCAAUUCCCCAAAACCCAUCCCUCUGCUCUCUCCGCUCGCCAACUCCGUCGUCGUCCGCUCUUCCAAGAUCCUCGGAAUUUCAACCGAGGAAUUGCAGCACGCCUUCGAUUCCGAACUCCCUCUCGGCGUCAAAGAGCUUCUCACCUACGCUAGGAACCUUCUGGAGUUUUGCUCCUACAAGGCGCUUCACAAGCUCAGCAAAUCCUCCGAUUAUCUCGCCGAUAAGGAUUUCCGUCGAUUAACCUAUGACAUGAUGCUCGCCUGGGAAACCCCCAGCGUCCACACUGAUGAAACACCACCACCUUCAAGUAAAGAUGAACACGGCGGCGAUGACGACGAAGCCUCAUUGUUUUAUUCAAGUUCCACAAAUAUGGCUGUUCAGGUUGAUGACCAGAAGACGGUUGGUCUCGAGGCUUUCUCGCGAAUAGCUCCUGUGUGUGCUCCUAUUGCUGAUGUGAUAACUGUACACAAUCUAUUUGAUGCACUCACCAGUUCCUCUGGGCGGCGGCUUCAUUUUCUUGUUUAUGACAAAUACAUAAGAUUCCUUGACAAGGUUAUUAAGAACUCUAAAAAUGUGCUGGCCAGUUCUGUUGGAAGUCUCCAGCUUGCUGAGGAAGAGAUUGUCCUUGAUGUUGAUGGGACAAUUCCAACUCAACCGGUUCUUCAACAUAUUGGAAUCUCUGCAUGGCCUGGGCGGUUGACCCUGACUAAUUAUGCUCUGUACUUUGAGUCACUUGGAGUUGGUGUGCACGAGAAACCUGUUCGAUAUGAUCUGGGCACAGACCUGAAACAGGUCAUAAAGCCUGACUUGACUGGGCCUCUUGGUGCUCGCCUUUUUGAUAAAGCUGUGAUGUACAAGUCAACUUCUGUAGCAGAGCCUGUUUAUUUUGAAUUCCCUGAAUUUAAAGCGAACGUGCGUCGUGACUACUGGUUGGACAUUAGUCUGGAGAUCCUGCGUGUGCACAAGUUUAUUAGGAAAUACUACCUGAAAGAGACACAAAAGGCAGAAGUGCUUGCCAGGGCUAUUCUCGGCAUUUACCGCUAUCGUGCAGUUAGAGAAGCUUUCAAAUAUUUCUCAUCCCACUACAAAACUUUACUUUCUUUUAACCUAGCUGAAGCUCUUCCGCGGGGAGAUAUGAUCUUGGAAACCCUGUCAAAUAGCUUAACAAAUUUGACUGUUGCUUCUUCUAAACGUAGCUCUCCUCGGAAUGUUGAUACAAAAAAACAACUGGUAGUGUCUCCAGCAUCAGCUGUGGCACUCUUCCGUCUUGGAUUCAAAUCAGAUAAGUUUGCUGAUAUUUAUGAAGAAACAACUGUUGUUGGUGACAUCCGAGUUGGUGAAAUAAACCUCUUGGAAAUGGCAGUCAAAAAGUCCCUUCGGGACACUGGAAAAGCAGAAGCUGCCCAGGCAACUGUGGACCAAGUGAAGGUUGAAGGCAUCGAUACGAAUGUUGCAGUAAUGAAGGAACUACUAUUCCCGGUCAUCGAAUCUGCUAACCGACUAGAGCGUUUAGCCUCAUGGAAAGACUUUUACAAAUCAACAGCCUUUUUGCUACUCACUAGUUAUAUGAUUUUAAGGGGGUGGAUCCAUUACUUAUUGCCAUCCAUAUUUGUGGUUGUUGCAAUUCUCAUGCUUUGGCGGAGGCAUUUCAGAAAGGGAAGAUCAUUAGAAGCCUUCAUAGUAACGCCUCCCCCAAAUCGAAAUCCAGUAGAACAACUGCUAACAUUGCAAGAGGCUAUCACACAGUUUGAAUCACUUAUUCAAGCUGGAAAUAUUGUUCUCCUAAAAGUAAGAGCUCUUCUACUUGCUCUAUUACCACAGGCUACGGAGAAGGUUGCACUAUUACUGGUAUUCAUAGCUGCAGUGUUUGCUUUUGUUCCUCCAAAAUACAUAAUUUUUGUGAUAUUCUUUGAGUAUUACACAAGGGAGAUGCCAUGUAGGAAAGAAUCAAGUGAUAGAUGGGUAAGGAGGAUGAGAGAAUGGUGGAUCAGAAUACCAGCUGCUCCAGUCGAGCUCAUUAAGCCUGACGAGUGCAAGAAAAGAAAAUGAAGGGUUGCAUUCGUCAGUUAUAAUUUUGAUACCAGCAAAGGUUGAUAUUAUUUUCUGGUUAAUUAUCCAUCAUUCAUUAACCACAUAGAAUCUGUUUGGAUGCAAGCCAAAGAACACUUACUGGAGCUUAUAUAGUGCUUUUUCCGUAUAUAAGCUCCAAUAAGUCCGUAUCCAAACACUCGAUAGUCUGAUUUUUUUAUUCUUUUGUCUAUUCUUCAAGGGUGAAACCAUUUUUGUAUUCGGCAGCAAAGUUGUAUAUUCUCUUGCAUCUUAUGUGCUUCCCCCUUAUACUAAACCUAAGGUGAUUAGGAAGUCUUUCAUUUUAACACAUUGUAAAUCCAAACACAAGUAAAUCCGAACACACAAGUAGUGUUUGGUGUUCUGUGAUAGCUUUUCACUUCUCAUUAAUGGAUGAGAUAACAGUUACAAAUA